UCCGUGAAGCAUGAUUCUGCUUCUAAGAAGUGUGUAAAUAAUAGGCUGUGAUGCAUUGUAUUUGAAAAAAGGCGCAUGCCAAAAAUGGUGUAGAACAAUGUAUCCGGCAAAUCAUAAGACCAUUUUUGUUUUGGAUCAUACACCAUAUUUUGGUAUAUCUACCGAAUGUCCAUUGGAAUUCGAUUUCCUAAAAAGUCGCGGACAAAAUUUAAUUCCAUUGGCACCUGUUUGUAAAUCUCUGUGGACUACCAGCGUGGAAGCCUCGUUAGAAUACUGUCGUAUAGUGUGGGAUCUCUUUCCAACUGGAAAAUUGAUAAGAUUUGUCGUCACUGAUCGUGCAGCAUAUGUUUUAAACUCAUGGAGCCCUUCGCAGCAGAAUUUAAAUCAUAUAAUGAACGGCACUGCCAUUCUGGGAGUACCAACAAAGACUCCAGAACCUGGAGAAGAUUACUCUGUAAUACACGGAUUAAGGGUGGCAAUCGAGGCUUUGAACGAAUGUUCAGAAAUUCAACACGAGAAGAGGACAUCGUUGAAUGAUAAUGCCAGUAAACUUGUUAACAGGGGCAGAGUAAUAUGCAUCACCAGUGCAAGAGACAACAGUAAUAUGAAAAGCUUGGAAAAUAUAUUUCUGAACGAAUUGGCUCAAGAGAACAAAACUGCUUUAGCUUCCGAUCAUUUAAUACCUGUGGAUUAUUGUCACCUAGUUAUAUUGAACAUCUUCCCGAACAAUAUCGAGUCGCAAGUCACUAGUCAGGGACCCAGAGAGGUUUCGCCAAUGUUAACAGUGGAAGUACACUCGAUCAAGGCACCUGCUUUACAUUCAAAACUUUCCCACUUGAUCUUGUCCCAUUACGAUUUGGCAAGUACAACGGUAACCGGUAUACCUAUGAAGGAAGAACAGAACGCUAGCUCUUCCGCUAAUUACGAUGUCGAGAUAUUUCACUCGUCGGCCGCGCAUUCCGCGAUUCUGAAAGGAAACCCACAAGAUUCAGCAUUGAUUAAAACAUUUAGAAGAUUCGAAGAGGGGUCAGAGUACGAAACGAUAACUUUAAAAUGGUGUACACCGCGCGGAUGCAGUGCAGCGGAAAUGCAAAAUUGCACUGCCAUGCACAGAAUCACACCAGUCGAUGUAAAUAGUAGACCAUCGUCCUGUCUGAUAAAUUUCCUAUUGAACGGUAGAUCGGUGAUGCUCGAAAUGGCCAGAAAAAGCGGCGGGAAAACUAUUUCUCAUUUACUCGCCGCACACGGCGGAGAAAUCUUUAUACACACGUUAUCUACCGCGAGAAGCGUGUUAGAGGAUCCGCCUUCUAUCAGCGAAGGGUGUGGUGGUCGUGUGACCGAUUAUAGAAUAACCGAUUUUGGAAGACUGAUGAGAAAUAAUGUUCUGGUGCCUUUGAAACGAAGUGCAAACAUUAAUGGCGAAGGGCCUGCAGAGAAGAUGAGAUCCAGAUUGGAGAGGCACACGAAGUAUUGGCCAAUCACCAUCUCUAGUACCCUGAUGUUCAAUUUGAAACAGUUAAUAGACCCGUUGCCAGAUUUAAUGGUGAAGGAGGAGCUUGCCGCGGAAGAGGUGGUGCAGUGCAAGCAAGUGAUAUUCAGUUUGUUGCAACUCGAAGCGAAACACGAAGCGCUGCCUUUGCCUAGCAUAGGCGGAGGACGCGGUGGGAAAGGUGGUGUUCGCAGGGAAGAACAUUAUAGGCUGUUGUGGGGGGAAUUGGAAACAUUUCUCAAGCAACACGCGAACAAUUCUGCUGCUCAUUCCGAAGUUUUGACUUGCCUCCUCGAAGUUCGGAGCAAGGACGACAAAGAUAAAGUCGAAUUGGACCAGGCCUUGCGUGAAUUGGACGGAUUCGGAAAGGAAGAUGGAACCGCUCGGGCCAGCGUGAUAAGAGCGACGACCGAUUCACCGAUGUCGCCGCCACCUAGCACUUCGAUGUCUCUCGGGAAGCAACUGCACAAAGGUGGUUUUUUCGCUCCUAAGAGUUUACUGGACAUUUGGUUGGAUCGUAGUGCACCCAAAGAAAAAAAGCCAGACUUUCACGGAAGAAUCAACAGCGACGGUCUUAAAGCGAAGUUGUAUCCCAACUUGAAGGAGCCCGGUCGAGAACCCCGUGAGCCUAUUUUAGAAGGUUAAAAGGUUACCUCUACGAUCCAAAAACGUACAAACAUAAGAUUCCGUCAAUUAAAGUGCCAGCUACGCAACUUUUCUAACGAUUACUCAUCGACCAACAUCUAGUACAUAGCUAUCCAUCG